AAUCGUCUUGGGCAACAGAAUAGAGACAGCAGCCACUUCAUCUAAAUCAGGCAGUGGAAGGGGCAGGAUCUCUCCAUGCAAUAGUGGUGUCAAAAGAAAUGGAGGCUUGAACCCAGGCCCAUAGGAUUUGCAUAAUUAAUCACUGGUCUUUCAAUUGCAUACGUGUGCAUGUGUAAACCAUCCCCAUCUCAGGCAACCUUUUGGGGAUGCUCUGUGAUUGACUGAAUUGGCUUGUCUUGAGGAAACGUCUCCAGUGGGUGACAAAUAAGAGGAUUCUCCUCCUAACUUCCUGAGUAUUCCUCCCUCACCUUCCUGCAUGUUGCUGAAAUGUCUCAAGCCCUGAGAAUAUCUCAAAUAUGGUGAGGGCUUUUCAUUAUGUAGAAAAUAUCAGAAUGCAUUCCGCCUGUUAAGCUGAGAAAGAGACCUUCUUUGUGAGAUUUUCCCUUAGUGAGUGAAGACUAGAAUGAAUGGACAUAUUUCAAAUACCCCUCCUGGUGGAUAUGGAAAUUACUCGUCUCAAAUCAAUGGAUAUGGCUCACCUACCUUUGCACAGGCAGAGAGGGAACAAAGUUCGAAAACGAGUGCAAAGGCUCUCUAUGGAACAGAAGGACUUUAUUUCUUCAGAUCAUCCUCCAAACAAAAAAAGAAAGAGCAAAGAAAGAAUUAUGCUCGGGACAGUGCCAGCAGCGUAUCUGAAACGUCACAGUAUCAUGUGGAGCACUUGACCACUUUUGUUUUGGACCGAAAAGAGGCUAUGAUUACGGUAGAUGAUGGAAUAAGAAAGCUGAAAUUGCUAGAUGCCAAGGGCAAAGUGUGGACUCAAGAUAUGAUUCUUCAAGUGGAUGACAAAGCUGUCAGUUUGGUGGAUUUAGAAUCAAAGAAUGAACUUGAGAAUUUUCCUUUGAACACAAUUCAGCAUUGCCAAGCCGUGAUGAAUGCAUGCAAUUACAAUUCCAUUCUUGCGUUAGUAUGCAAGGAACCAACCCAAAACAAGCCAGAUCUUCAUCUUUUCCAAUGUGAUGAAGUUAAGGCUAGCCUUAUUCAUGAAGACAUUGAAAGUGCAAUCAGUGACAGCAAAAGUGGGAAACAAAAGAAGAGACUUGAAACACUCAGGAUGAUUUCCAAAGCUGACAGUGCUAUUCCUCCGCCCCCAAGAGCUCCUGCUCCUGUUCCCCCAGGUACUGUUACUCAGGUGGAUGUUAGAAGUCGAGUGGCAGCCUGGUCAGCUUGGGCAGCUGAACAAGGAGACUCACCUAAAACAAUAGGGUCCAGUUCCAUGACCAGGGCUCUGAGGUGGAAUGGAGAUGAAAAACCCAGACAGUUCCCUGAACAUGAAGAAACAGCUGAGAUGAUGGCAGCCAGGAUUGACAGAGAUGUUCAAAUUCUGAACCAUAUUUUGGAUGACAUUGAAUAUUUUGUUACUAAACUUCAAAAAGCUGCUGAGGCAUUUUCUGAGCUUUCAAAGAGAAAGAAAACCAAAAAAAAUAAAAAGAAAGGACCUGGAGAGGGGGUUCUCACUCUCCGUGCAAAACCGCCACCUCCAGAUGAAUUUGUUGAUUGUUUUCAGAAAUUCAAGCAUGGCUUUAACCUUCUUGCCAAAUUGAAAUCCCACAUCCAGAACCCUAGUGCACCUGAAUUGGUUCAUUUUCUGUUUACACCAUUAAAUAUGGUGGUACAAGCAACUGGAGGUCCAGAACUUGCUGGUACAGUACUCAGCCCCCUCCUAACAAAGGAUACCAUAGAUUUUUUGUGUUUUACUGUGAACAGUGAGGAAGGGCAAUUGUGGAUGUCAUUGGGUGAUGCAUGGACCAAAGCCAGAGUGGACUGGCCCAAAGAUCAUUUUAUUCCACCUUAUAUUCCACGCUUCAGAAAUGGUUGGGAGCCUCCUUUGCUGAGCUUUAUGGGAGCUCCCAAGGAACAAGAACUGAAUCAGUUGGCUGAGUCUGUGGCAAAUGUUGCAGAGCAGCAGCGCAAACAAGAAAUGAAAAGAUUGUCAACUGAGCAUCCCAGUGUGCCAGACUAUCCUCCAUCUGAUGGGUAUGCAUUCAGUAACACAGUUUACAAAAGAGGGCCUCUGCUGGACCAGGGGGCAGCUGUGGCUGCCUUUAAGCAAACUGUUAGCCGACAUGUAGAUAGGAUAGAAAAGACAGAUGAAAUGUUUAGAGUGGAUUCAGCUGAAUCUCAAAAUUAUGAAGCGCACAGCAAAGUGCAACACAAGAAAUAUGCCAAAUGCAAAUAUGAUUUUGUGGCAAGAAACAACAGUGAGCUUUCUGUCUUGAAGGAUGAUAUCUUAGAGAUCCUGGAUGACAGAAAACAGUGGUGGAAAGUUCAAAAUAAAAGUGGUGCUUCAGGGUUCGUGCCAAACAAUAUCUUGGACCUAUUGAGAUCUCAGGAACCUGGUUUGGGACGUUCUGAACCUGCAUAUACUCAUACUAUACAGAAACAGAGGGCAGAGUAUGGUCCAAAACAAUCAGAUCCCACUCCUGCUGCUCCAUCGCCACCUCCAACACCAGCUCCCAUUCCUGUUCCUGUCCCUCCCUGUGCACCAGCGCCUAUUCCUAUUCCAGUUCCUGUGCCAAAAGCACCAGGAGCUAUCAGUCGCCAAAGCAGCACAUCUAGUGACAGUGGUAGUGGCAUUAUACGGGAUAGCCAGAGACACAAACAGCUUUCUGUUGAUCGUAGGAAAUCUCAGAUGGAAGAGGUACAGGAUGAGCUUAUUCACAGACUUACAAUUGGCCGGAGUGCUGCUCAGAAGAAGUUCCACGUGCCACGACCAAAUGUACCAAUAGUUAAUAUCACUUAUGACUCUUCUCCUGAGGAUGUGAAAGUAUGGUUACAGUCAAAGGGGUUCAAUCCUGUGACUGUCAAUAGCCUGGGAGUAUUGACAGGUGCUCAGCUUUUCUCCCUUAAUAAAGAGGAACUAAAGAGUGUUUGCCCAGAAGGACCUAGAGUCUACAGCCAAAUUACUGUACAGAAAUCUGCAUUAGAGGCUAACAGUGGUAGUUCAGAAUUGCAAGAAAUUAUGAGAAGACGACAAGAAAAAAUCAGUGCAACUGCCACAGAUUCAGGAGUAGAAUCCUUUGAUGAAGGAAGUGGGCACUGAGUCUUUUCCUUUGAUUUCAUUGUCCUUGGCAUUAUUCCAUCAAGCUUUGUUUUAGGAAGCGAUGAACAGGGAUGUCUGAUUUAUUUUGUAGAUAGAUAUAACUUGUCGCCAUAUAGAAACAAGGCAGCCAGUCAAUAGAAGUACUUGCUGCCAGCCUCUCACCAUUUAAAAAAGUAAACACAAUGGAAGUUAAGUGAAGUUUGCGGCACUUGAGAAUCAGUUACUCCCAAAGACAAGUUUGCCUUUGUGGAAUUUACCAUUUCAUACUCUCUUUACAGAUAAAUAAAUACAAUGUUGCUUUUGGUUCAUUCCAAUGAAGCUGAGCCAGCAAUAAAAUGUACUUGAACCCUUCAGUAAUUUAUGAUUUUGAAUUCUGUCUGUUGCUGUAAUAUAUGUACGAUUCUUUCUUUUUGGCUCGGUCUUCCUCUUCCUAUGCAGGGUCAUACUGCAGGGUGUUUAAAUUUAUUUAAAAGUUCUUGAUGCCAGCAAUCAAAGAUGAAAUGCAUAGAAUAAGUGCAGCAGCUCAAGCCUUUGAAAUGUAGACUGACUUAUUCUUGUAUCAUCCGCAAGAUGUUUUAUUACUAAUGAAAUUGUUGAAAGCAAAUAAUAUUCUGCAUUUUAAUUUUAUUUCUACUACUUUGAUGACAAACCAUGAUAUUACGCAGUAAAAAUGAAUAGAAAAUAGUAAACCCACAAGUCAGCUUGAAGUGGUCAGACCUAGCCAUAAAGGUAUUUACAGUAUUUUUUUAAUAGACUUACAUUUUUGUUUGUAACAAAACUAGUUAAAAGAAGAGUAUAAUCCAGAUUUUUUGUGUUGAUCAUAAAUGUCAAUUUUUAUGUAUGUAAAAAGCUAUUUGUUUCUUUAUAAAUUUAAUCUUUUGAAAAAAAAAUGAUUGAUUCUGAAGGGGAAAAACUUUCUUCCCAGCAAAUGUUAUUUUUGGAAACACUGAUUUUUGUCACAAUGUUCUAUAAUUUCUCUUGUAUAAAGAUCAUCACUUCAUUUAGAAAGAUUUAAUCAUCUAGUUUAAUUAAUUUUCAUAGUGCCUUUUUCACAUUAAUCAGCUGGAAGUCUGCAAUAAACAGUAUUUGAUGUAUGUUACAUAGUUGUAUCUUUGCUACAAAGAAGAUAUUGAGGUAAGAAAAUGUUCCAGAUUUAGAGUGUUUUUUCUCUGUGUACAAAAAGAAAAUUUGUCAUAUUUACUUCAUUUUUUUCAUAAAUGAAAAUUCCAAAACCUAAUAAAUGUAUUUAGUGCCAUUCAUCCUAAAUAACCUUAUAAAUAUAUUUCGUAUGUGUAUGUUUGCUUAUGUGUACAUAAUUUUACAUAUAAUACAUACAUUGUCUGUAUAUGUAUUAAAAGCAAUAUUCACUCUGUCAUCAAGAUGCAGUCAUCUCUAGGAAUGAAACACAAGAUGCCUUAGGGUAGAAAGUGAAAUACUGUUUUUAAAAUUCCUCCCAUUGUAUUUUGGAUGAAAUAAUGAUUUCUUUGUAGUAUCCCCACUAAACUCCAUUAUAAAGUAUAUUUAGUGCCUGAAUUUUUGCACAAUAACUGCAGCAAAACAGUUUUACGCAAGCAAAUGUGUAGCUUUGAGGUAGAACUAGUUGUUUUACCACCUGCCAUAAUAGUUGGUCAGUCAGAUUGUCCAGUUCUCCAAACAGUUGUCUGCUCUUUAACUCAGUAUCCAGUUGUACCAGUGUUCUACAAUACGUACAAGUUACUAUUCUUAGUUCAGGAGGUUUUACCCUUUUGUAGGUGUUCUCUUCUGAACAAUGAAUGACUGACAAAAUAGCAUCCUACCCUACUUUGUACAUUUUUUGUUAAAAAAGGUGACAAAAAAGCAGUAUGGUGGUAAAAAUGUAUGGAGGUCCUUAGAAACAUUAAAAAUUGUUUCACUUGGACUUUAGAGUAAUAUCUUGAUGCUAGAAAGGGGGUAUGCUGGUGAUGUACCCUGUUUAAUUCUCUAAUAGUGGUCAUUACUCACCUUUCUUACUUGUAACCGUCUGUAGAUUUAUGUUAUCACUCAAAGUAUGAUGGAGGGGGCAAAGGAAAACAACAGCUUUCAGGUGCUUUAGAUUACAAUCAAGAUACAAGCAUGCAACAUGUACCAUACUCAAUCCUUGAGAACAGAGGAAAAGACGAUUAUCAUUUGAAAGCAGUGUUUCUAGUGAGGGAAGUCAGUGCAUACAGUGAUAUCCAGGGAUCCAGGUUUUCUAUUUGCCAUGGAAAAAUGUGGAGCAUCUCCUUUAAAGAAUAUCGUUUCAGAAUAGCAUAUCAGGGCUGCUCAGUGCCACAAAUUGGUGGGGGGCAUCGUCGCAGCUGACCUGCAUCCUGGUGUGUGGAGGGGCAGAGGGAUUUCUGACUUGUCCAUGAUAAAAAAACCAAAAUUUAAUGCCAAAAUAUUUAUAGGUAUUUAGAAUCUAUUUUAUUAUAGCGAUUGACGCACUGGUAAGCUUCCAAAUAGCUUUAAAAUUGUAAAUGUAUCAAUAAAAUAGUGUGUUCAACUGAUACCUAUAUAGAUAGAUAUUUAUAU